AUGUGCGUUACUCUCGCUACGCCAGAAAGUCUGUCACGUACGGAAUAUGUGCCAGCAUGUGCAAUAUAUGUAUGUAAAUUGGAAGUCUGGAAAACACAAUUGGCUGUUUCAAACCCAAACGAAGAGAAAAAAUGUCGUCCACCAUGUGGUAAACAAUGUAAAUAUGAUUUUGAAUUAAAUCAAAGAGGUUGUCCAAAAUGUAAAUGUAAUCGUAGUCCUUGUGAAAGGUUCCAAGCUCCAUUGGACGGUUACUUUUGUGGUCGUGGUAUUAUUAAUCGAACGGAUUGUCCAUCAAACUAUGCAUGUGUUAUUGCACCGAAUGAUGCCUAUGCUGCUUGCUGUCCUUCUUCUAAAACAAUAACAACAACAACUACUAUUACACAACCCGUAGUUACGACUAAAAAACCAGGCUCAUGCCCAACAACAUCAAGCUAG